AUGAACGCUUCCGUCAUGUGCGCCUUGAUGGAAGAGCUGUCUUCUUCCAGUCUUCUGGCAAUCACUCUCUCGCUCACUCUCUCCAGUUGUGCUCUCCUCAUUCCAUUGGCUCUGUGGGCCAGUUACAGUCUCUGGUUCUCGAGACUCGCCGGCCUCUUCCACUUGAACCUUCGGAUCAUUCUUCAGUUUCAUCUCCUCGGCUUUCUGAUUCAUUGCGUUGGCAGGUUGGAUAAAUUUGCUGUAAUUCACUAACGUUCUCCUUUCAGAGCUGUUCUUCAUUCCAUUGAUCUCUUCAUUUAUUGGCGAUAUGAUCCGUGUGACAUGGUUCCGGAUGUUUGGAGGUUUCUUAUCGGUCACUUGUUCCUGCUAUUAUCUCUUUCCAGAUGUUUUUGGUUGCGUUUCAUCUACGCAGUGGGGCUGUGGAUCACUUCAACUACAGUAAUCCCUUUGGUGCUCGAGCGAUGGAUUGCCACCACCUACAGCGAUAUCUACGAAUCGAUGGGCGUCACAAUCGGCGUGAUUCUUGUUCUCAUUCAGGUUCAUUAUCCAUCCCGACUCACGGGAACCACUUGUAUUUUGUAGUCGGUCGUUUGUGUCAUUCAUCUGCUGAUUCUCUACUCGGGCUCUCGGAUAGAAGGCGUCGUCAUGUCUUAUUGCAUGGUCGCUCGUGACUCUUCCGUCAAUGUGGGAGAGAUUAAUGGAUACGCGACGAUCGUGGUGCAAGUGUUGGCAAGGACUGCUUUCCAGUACUUGUACAAGAAAAACGAGGUAUUAGUUGAAAGUUUUUUUUUAUUUUCGUAGUCCGUUUUCUUCCAGAAAUUCCGCAAGGUCCAACUAGAAUCUUCGCUCUCCAAUAGGUUCCAAUUAGAGCAGAAUCUGAUGUGAGACACACUAAUACGUAGAGAGAGAGAGAAAGACCCCUGUUACAGCGUGAUGGACAUUCUGAAGGUAUUCGCGAACAUCUCCUCCGUCUACCUCUUCCUGCACGCCUUCUCCUUCAUGGGUGUUCUCAAACUGAAGAACUCCGUCUCCCCGCCCGUCUAUUUCUCGCUCGUCGAAAGUGAACGUCUCCGUUGUUCCGCCCGCUAAUCUCUGAUUUCCAGUCAACUCCUCCUACCCUAUUUACGGAAUCAUCUCGAUAUUUCUAAUGUGUCACAUUCUCCAGAAGAACCGGCGAAAAGUGCACAACAGUCUGAAGGCGCACGUGAAUUCGAAGUGGGAAGGCGAUGCGAACAACUUUGAAAUCAUCUUCAAGGCUUUGAAUUGA